AUGACUGUGGUCUUGAAUGAUCCGAGAUGGUGGCCGAUACUCAAUUCAAAUGUUUUUUUCAGCUAUUGGAUAGUUGCUGCCGGGGCCGUGGUGGUAUAUGAUUGGGUACUAACACUCGGACAAGAGAUCGAACUGAUCUGGAAGCAACGCCGGUCUCUCAUGACUGUGCUGUAUUUGGUUAUACGCUAUAUUGGACUACCAUAUUCUGUCCCAUCUCUCGUUAUCAGUAUCAGUGUUCUGGUAAGUAUGCCAUCAGUCUCGCUGACAGACGCAGGGUGCAAUAUUAUGUACUACGCAACAAAUGGGACAACUGUAGUCAUAACUGCCAUGUUGGGUGUAAUCGCCGCAAUAGGACUCAAGGAUACUGUAUUGGAGGAGCUGGUACUCUCUGGCGUGUAUGUAUGUGGUCUCGCAUCUGCGGAUGACGCCCAGAUUCUGGGUUCAACAGUUUGGAUACUCAAUGCUGUUGUGGAGGAAGACCAUCUUUUGGCCUUAAUGCUUUGGAUGCUCAACACUGUUUGGGAGGUCAUCGCAUUGUGUCUUUCACUCUGGAUUGCUGUGAAACACUUCCACGACUUGCGACGACUCGGUCCAUUGACAGGAUCGAUCGUCGGGGACUGUUUCAGAGUGCUGAUACGAUCUCACGUGCUUUAUUUUGCAAGCUUUGUUUGUGUUUCUUGCCUUGAGCUUGCAUCUCUCUCUCCAGAGCUCAUGAAUUCAAUUUCUAUCGGAACUCAGAUACUUGUCGGUACUCUUCCGAUCUUAUUGGAUGUGCAGAUGUUUGUGCUGGGACCACGCCUCAUCCUGAGCGUUCGAGAAUAUCAUGCUAAGCUCGUGGCCGACUCCGAUGCAGAAACUAGCAUGAGAUCGAUUAUCUUCCAGGAGCGCGAGCGUGUACAUGUACCAACCAGCAGUGCUGUGUAG